AUGGCUCGUUUUAAGUUUGGUAAAAGUAAAAAGAAGGUGGAUGAUUCUGAGACCUCCAUGACUAGUUCAGAGCAGGAUCAUAUAGAAGAUCGUCCUAAUUCGAUGUAUCAAGGAUAUAAAGAGAGUCAGCCUCUCCCUGAAAGACCAGAAGUAUCGCUGGUGCCAGAGGAGCAAGAGCCUUUACCAGAGCCGGUACCAGAGAUAUUACCCCAGCCGGUGUUAUCAGAACAGAUGGGACAGUCAGUCCCAACUGGACUGGAUGUAAUGAGUCCAUGGAAACGAAUCAAACUAUACGAUUCACCCUUUCCUCGUUAUAGACAUACCGCAUCAGCGAUUUCUUCUGAUAAAAAUGAAAUUUUUUUAAUGGGAGGAUUGAAGGAAGGAUCAGUUUUUGGAGAUACUUGGAAGUUGGCUCCUAAAGAUGAUGUAUUCGUGGCUAAGAACAUUGAAGUAGCUAAUAAUAACAAUCCUCCAGCUAGAGUUGGACAUUCGUCGGUUUUAUGUGGUAAUGCUUAUAUUAUUUAUGGUGGUGAUACCGUUGAUACUGAUUUUAAUGGGUAUCCUGAUAAUAAUUUCUAUUUGUUCAAUAUCAAUAAUAAUAAGUACACUAUUCCAUCCCAUAUUUUGAAUAAACCAAACGGGAGAUAUGGACAUACAAUUGGAGUUAUUUCGUUAAAUUCAACUCUGUCAAGAUUAUACUUAUUUGGGGGUCAAUUAGAACUGGAAGUAUUCAAUGACUUAUACUAUUUUGAAUUAAAUACUUUCAAAAGUUCAAAGGCAAAAUGGGAAUUAAUCGAUCCAAUGAAUAAUUUUAAACCUCCUCCAAUUGCAAACCAUUCAAUGUCAAUAUACAAAAAUAAAAUUUAUAUCUUUGGUGGGAUUUAUAAUAACGAAAAAGUUUCAAAUGACUUAUGGUGCUUUGACGCAUUGAUUAAUAAAUGGUCGCAAUUACCCACCUCGGGUAAUAUUCCUCCUCCAGUUAAUGAACAUUCUUCCUGUAUCAUUAAUGAUCAAUUGUUUAUCUACGGGGGGAAUGAUUUCCAUGGUCUUAUUUACGAUGCUUUAUACGUUUUGAACUUACAUACCUUGGUUUGGUCAAAAUUAUCCAAAGAUAUUUCCAAUGGACCAGGUCCAAGAUGUGGUCAUUCCAUGACUUUCUUACCUAACUUUAAUCAAAUUAUCAUUAUGGGUGGUGAUAAAAAUGAUUAUUUUUCAAAUUCUGACCCUCAAGAUUUAUCAACUUAUGAGUUUUAUAACGGGGAAGAAUUAGGCACAAUGCUAUACGCUCUUGAUUUAAAUACAAUUAAUCAAUUUCUUGACCUGUCCUUAAUUGCUUCUCCAAAUAAGAAAAAAAUCGCCGCUUCUUCGGCUCCAAAAAGACCAGAAUCUCCUUCUGCCUCAAUACAAGAUCUCAAUAAACAAUCUCUCCAACGCCAUGCUAGAUCCUUCUCUGCUGGCCCAGAAGAUUUUAGAACUCCAACCGGCUCUCCUGGUAGAGGUGGUUUCAAAGAACCAAGAGACGUUUCCUUUGUGGAUGUGGAUGUUCCCUCAUCGACUAACAUGAGUGAAAAAGAUUUAACUAAUGACACCGAUCUUCAUAGUAAAAAUUUAUUACCUCCUUCAGCUGAUUUAAAUCAAGUCUCCCCGGGUUCCGCUAUAAAUUCAGAAAAUUCAAAUGGUCAUGCUUCCUUGUUAGAUAAUUAUAAUUAUGCAGACUCAACUGAAAAUUUGAAAGAUUCAACCCCAAUAGUGGAAAAUUCCCCAACAAUUGAACCAGCUCCAAUCGAACCAAUCGAGCCAAUUGAACCAGCUCAACCGGUUGAACCAGUUCAAAAAAGAGGUUUAUUGGGUGCUUUAAACGGUGCUCAAAGAGAUCGUUCUGCUGAAGAUGCUAAAGUUAAAAAAAUCAUUAGCGAAUUAACUAAUGAAUUAAAUGAAUUGAAAUCUUCCACUAAGAUUCAAAUGCAAAAUGCAACUGAAAAAAUCAAUAGCUUGGAAAUUGAAAAUAACGCUUACAAACAAAACGAUCAAUCUACUCAAAUUAGAGAUUUACAAAAUUCUCUCAAUGAAAAGGAAACUAUCUUACAAGAAUUGAAAAAUUCAAUUGAUCCUUCAGCACUUUCUGUUGAUAAUGAGUCCGAAAGUUUACCUUCUUCAGAUACAAAAGGUAUAACUGAAUUAACAAAAUAUAAGUUGGAUAGAAUGGAACUCAAUAAUAAAUUAAUUUACUUGGAACAAGAAAAUCUUCGUUUAUCUGAUAAAUUUAAUAAAUUUGAACCUUUCAUGAAUAAUCAAAUUGGUGAUUUAUCUAACUUUCAAAAAAUCAUUAAAGUUCAAGAGGAAAAAAUCCACAAUUUAUCUCAACAAGUUAAAGAUGAACAAAUUUUAAGAAAAGAAAUUAAUGAUUGGAAAUAUAAAUUUGAAAAUUUAAAUUUAGAAUUUGAAAAUUAUAAAUCUAUUCAUAAUGAUGAGGAAUUUUCUGAUGAUGAACAAAUUAUUGAUGAAUCAGGUAAUAGAUCUAUUACUAGUGGUGCCACUGGUACUACUACCGGUAAGAAAUCUAAGAAGGAUAUUUCUUCUCAUUUGGAAAAUUUGGUUGGGUUAUGGUCUUCUAAUCCUGCUAACUAUACUCAACCUACUGAAGCUGAAGCAAGGAAUCUUGAAAAUCCAAAUGAUAAUCCAGUGGUUCUUAAAUUACAACAACAAGUUAAUGAAAUUUUAAGAAUCUCAAAAGAGCAACAAGAAGGUUCUCAAUCCGAAGUUAAACUUUUACAAGAUGAAUUAUCUCAAAAAUUACAAGCUUUGAAAACUUUUGAAAUUAAUUAUCGUGAUGCUUUGCAAUCAGUUAAUAAUACUAGUAAAGCUCUUAAUUUAACUCAAGAUGAAUUGAAUAGUCAAAGAAAUAUGAUUGAAAAAUUGAUUAAAGAAAAUAAUGAAUUGAAAUUAUUCAAGAAAGCUUCAAGAAGAAUAAGUUCCAGAGCUACACCUCCCUCUAUUAGUGAAGAGAAAUUUUCCAAAUCAUCAUCUCCAAUUCCUGAAGCAGUUCCUGAGUAUAAUAAAAGUGAAGAGGAUGAUGACGAAGUUGAUGGUAUAACUAGUGCUCACUUCAAUAUGAAGAUAAAAGACUUGGAAGCAGACUUAUUUAUCUUAAAACAAGAAAGAGAUCAAUUGAAAGAACAAGUCACUUCAUUACAAAAACAAUUAUACUUGGCCCAAAACAACUCAUAA